AUGGAGGAUAUCAUUUUGAAAACUCAUAUAUCUAGCUCUGACAACCAUCAAACAAAGCAGCUUAUUCAGGCAAAUAAAAUAACAGUCUUUCAAAAAGAACCUCCUCUUCACAUAAAUGACUUGAGAUAUUAACAAGAGGAUUAGAAGAAUAAUGACAUUUCAGGACUUCUAAAGACAAAAAAAAGAAUUAGCAAGGCUCUAAUUGCUGCCAAAUUUACGAGUGAUACUCGAAAAACAAGUAAGAUUUCAGAUUUAAGAAAAUAAAUCAAGACAGCUAGAGAUAUAAAUUACAAGCCCCUUACUGGCUUGAGCAAGGAAUUAAAUUUUUUAGCUAAAGAAAUGGAGAAUGUACAAAAUAAUCAGACUUAUUCACCACCUCGAAUUCCUUAUGCUCAUUAAAGAGCUCAUAGCGUUGCAAAUCUUCCAGAACACAAUGCAGGAGGAAAUCAUAUAAAGUCUAUGUUUAAGGACUAUAAUGUAGGCAAGGAGGCAAUGACUCAAGCUAAUUUAAACUACGAUAUGAAUAGAGUAAAACUCUCUCCUUCAAGAAAUCUUUCCCUUACAGAGAAGAUUGAUUAGAAAAAUAAAAAGCUAAAUGCUUAACUUAUUCAAUCAAGUCUUCAAAGUAAGUUAAAGAUUGUAAAUAAAUUUGAAAAGUCUGAUGUUAAUCAUUCUAAAACAAUGAAAGAAAAAAAAUAAAAAUAUCACCAGCAUGUAGUCGAAGAAGAGGAGCGAAUUAAAUUUGCGAAAGCCAAAAUGAAGAAUAGCUUGGAUGAGUAUCGAAAGGUUCAUGAGGAAAGAGAAAAGAGGCAAUAAGAGAUUAUGGAAUAGAAAUAAGAAUUUAAGCAAACUAUUAUUAAGUCAAGAAGUGAGUAUUUGAAGAAGAAAAAUGAAAUGGCAUUGAAUAUGGCAAAGGAGAGGUAUGAGAUGAACAAUAUGUUAGAAUCUGAGAUGAAAAGAAGUAAAAAUUAAACAGUUCAGAAAUCAUUGAAGGCUAAAAUAUUACAUGAUUAGCAUAUAAGCGAUAUCAAGAAUAAAGCGGAAAUCAAAAAUAAAAGUGUUACUCAGAGAUCAAAUCAGGUCUUUAUGCAUAAAGUUUCAGAGACUGAGGAGUUUAAGAAUAAAAUAGUCCAAGACCGAUCUAAUAAGGAAAUUAGAAAGGAGUAAAUAAUUAUGGAAGUGCUAGAAAAGGAUCCUUCUAUGUAUUUAUGGAUUUAAAAGGGAGCUAGCGGUAGCAGACUAAGAUCUACUAUCAGCGAGAAUCUUUAAGAGGAUAUUGAAUCCUUUAAGAAGAGAGCAAUCAUAAGAGAUUAGCUAAAAAAAGACUUUGGACAUGAAAAUAGUCUUAUGAAGAGAAGUGAAAGCUAAAAGCAUUAUAAGAUUGUUGUUAAAGAUGAGGAAAAUUUCACUGAGCUUGUAGCUAAGAAUUCAACCUCAUUACAUAACUCUAUUUCUAAAAAGGUAUCCAAGAAGGUAAGGAUUAAGGAACCUAAGAUUGAUAGUCUUGAGAAAAAUGUGUCUUAAAAUGCAAACAAGUCCGAUAUAAAAAGGCUAGAAAGAAUUGUAGAUACAGACAAGUAUGAUUUUACAAAUAUGGGAUACUCUUGGGAUAUUAUUAAUGGCUAUAUGGGAGGAGAGAAAAUAAACAAAAAGAUAUCAUAUGAAAGAGCUCUAGCAAUGACUCAAGACUCUAGAAUUUUACCAUUUGAAAUAAGAAAGAAUUUCAACAAAGAGAAAUCACUUUAACUUGCUAGAAAGGUUAGCUGUAAAACAUAAGAAUAAACUCAUUUUUCAAGAAAGAAUGGACUGACUCAGCUAUUAGUUAUGCAAAAUAAGGAAAACGAGGCUGAUAUUGAGGCUAGGACGAAUGAAAUGCAACUAGAUACAAUGAAGGAGCUUAUGUAGAACUAUGCAGAGAGAGAUAUGAAAAAUAAAGAACUAAAUAAAGAUAGAAUCAUAAUUAGUGCACAAAGCAGUCCAAGAAGAAGAGUUAAUUCCAAAAGAAGCAAUAUCACAACAAGUGAGUAAAAAAGAGUUUCUAGCAGAAACUCAAGUCCAUCAAAGUCGCAAUAGGUAGGAUAAUAUGUGCUAGAAAAAGCAAAAAAAGAAGACAUAUAACAGAAACAAGAUGAAUAGAUGAAAAAUGUGAUUAGAAUACUUGCAAGACGCUCACAAAAUAAAGCUUAUAGGUCAUAUUAUGAGCAAAUAGAAAAUGAAAAAGCCUUGCCUAAAUCUUUUAAAUCGUCUCCAGAAUCUGUUGAUUUAGAAAACGCUCGUCAGUAAUUCUUCAAGGAUCAAGCUAAAUCCGAUUUAAGAAGAAAUUAUGAAUAAUUGAUCAAUGGUUCAGUCGGCCUUAAACUAAUCACCCACAAGCCAGCCAACAAUAAUAGAAAAAGUAUCUGCUUUGCAAAAAUUAAAAAUCUUAAAAAUGCAAUAAAGUGCUAAGAAAUUAAAGGUAGAAGAGAAGAAUCAGAAUCUGAGUACAUAGGCUAAACCUAAGUUUAGGUCAUAAACUACAAUCAAUGGAAGUCCAACAGAUCUAAUUUUUCUUAAGUCGCUUCUAAUAUCCCCUUAAUUGCCUUGCAGAAAGGAAAAUACAGUGAAUUGCAAAGAUAGAAUUUGGAAAAAAUAUAAAGAAAGCAAUAGCAAAGCUAAGAAUUAAGAGAAUAUCAUUUAUGUAAGAGAAAACUAAAAGCUCAAGCAGCAAGCUUACCAAAAUUUGACUUUGUCUAAAAAGAAAUUGAGAAAAAAUCAUUACAAAAGCUCAUUGUACAAGAGAAUAAGUAAAAGAUGAUUUAAGAGCAUCUUUAACAAAUGAGAGCUCUUCAGAGAGAUUCUAAAAACUAAAAGCUGGCAGACAAAGAUGUGAGAAGACAGAAGAAUUUGGAGUAGUUAUUGAAGGUUACAGUUGAGGAAAGCGAAUAAAAACAACUUAAACUUAGCAAGAAAUUGUAAAAAAUUCAUGAGAUUGAGUAACACAGGAUUUAUCUGCACAGUGAAUCUCAAAGAUUGAUGGGCUCAAUUGGCAGUCCUUAAAAGAGUAUGCUCCCAGCAUUGAGUAAAAGGAAUUCUCUGCAGCAUCAACAGCAUCAUAAUCAUGAUUACGACCUUAAUGGAAUGGAUUAAUAUGAAGUCAUGAGUGAUAGAAGAAGUAGUCUUUGA